AUGAGCGCAUUUGAUAGAGAGAAAUUUUUGGCUUUAAAAUAAAGGAAUAAGGAUUUAGAAUUAAAAUUAGAGAGUAUAGAGGAGGUUAUCACUUAGUACAAAGCAAAUGAAUCUGCUGCGGAUUAAAAAAUAAAGGCCUUGAAUAGCAUACACCAAGAUAAAAUUAGAUCUUUAAUGAAUUCUAUUUAGUUGCUUAAAAAAGAAAAUGCUUAAUUAGAAAAACUUACAAAAGAACAUAAACGUAGUGAGUUAAUAACUUAACUGUAAAAAGAUGUUUCUGAUUAGGAUGUGAUCAUAGAAACAAUCAGAGAAGUUUGCAAAAAUAGAAAUAUUUCAGAUGAAGUUUUGGAUAAUGCCAUAGUAGAUGCACUAAACAAAGGACCUCCAAGAAUUAGAGCUCCUACUAGAGAAGAGUUAAAGAUGGAAAUUAAAAAGCAUAAAGCAACUAUCGAUGGAUUAAAAAAAAAGAAAGAUGCUGGAAAUGUUGUUGAACCUUAAGAUAAACUAAAUAAAACUACUAAUGAGAGCAUGAGCAUGAAUGAUAUAAAGAAUAAUUAAUCUAUGGUAUCCCAACUAAACGAACCUGCUGAUUCUAAUGAUAAUUUAAUUAGAAGAUUGGAGGAAUUAAAACAUGAGUGCGAUGAAUUAAGAUUAAAUUUAAAAGCAGAAUAAUAAAUUGUUGAAAGAUAUGAAGAUUAACUGGUAUAAAAAAGUGAAGAACUAAACGAAAUGAGAAGUGCUAAAACUGAUUUUAUAAUUCUUUCAAAGAAAUACGAAACCCUUUAAGUAGAACUUGAGAAGUUAAAAGAGGAAAAUAAUAGAAAGUUUAUUAACACAUAUGAUAAAGAAUUAAAAUUAGAAGAGAUGGAAAUAGUUGCCAAGACCUAGCAAGACAAAUUAAAAAUGCAAGAGUAAAAUUUACAAUUAGAGAUCGAUUCAAUGUCAGCUAAGCUUGAAGAUGUAAUGCAGAGACACGAUCAGACAAAAAGAGAAUACGAAGAUGUAAAGUAGAAAUAUGAUACACUUACUGUAUUACACAAGAAAGAAGAGCAAAAAAACAGAGAACUCAAUAGCAAAUUCACUACUCUCACUAUGGAGUUUGAAAAAUUGCAGCUUAAGUACUAAUCAGAAACAAAAUCGCUUAACAAGAAUAUUGAAUCACUUGAGAAUAAGCUUAAAAAAGCUAACGAUGAAAUUUACUCUUUAUAAACAUAAAAUGAAAAUCUAUAAGAAUAAGUUAACUAACUCACUAUUUAAGUUGAUGAAUAUAAAGAAAAAGUUAUCAGUGGUUAAGGAGUUAAUUUCUAAGGAUAAAACUGGGCUUUUGGAAGGGGAGGAGAAGAUCUUCCUGCUGAAACUAAAGAGCUAAGAGAUAGAAUUAGGGAACUUACUAUUAGAGAAAUAGAUCUUUAAGAAUAAUUAGAAACACUUAAGGCAGAUAAACGCUUCAGAGAAUAAAGAGAGUUAGCUCAAAGCAUCCUUAAUAAAAAGGACUCUAACAAAAAAUUAGGAAAUAUUGAAAUUGAAAAAAUAAAGAAAGAAUAAAUUAACACUGUUAGAGAAGAGUACGAGACUCGCUUAACAUAAUUGAGACUUAGGAUCAAAGAGCUACAAGAUAGAAAUAAUUAGCUUUCUGAUAUAAGAACACUAAUAGUAUAAUCAGAAAAAGACAAAGUUGCUGAAGAUUAAUUAGUUGAUAUUUCAAGUUUGAAAAGUUUGGAGAGACACAAAGAAAAUUUGUCAGAAAACUCUAAUAUUUCAGACGUUAAAGUUAUUGAAGAAAAAAUAACAUAGGGCGAGAAUAGAGAACUAAAGAAAAAAUUGUAAGAAAUGAUCAGAAGAUAGCAAGAUUUGCAAAAAUAGAUAGAUUAUUUCAAUAAAGAGAAGUAAGAAGGCAAGAGACCAUCUUCAGCAUAGAAUGAUUAAUAUGAUAAGAAGUUAAAAGAAAUGCAAACAUCUUACUAAAAAGAAAUAAAAGCCCUGAAGUAAAGAAUUAUGUAGCUCGAGCUUAAGGAAAUCAAUCUAAGUUAAGUUAGUUCUAAUGUUAGCGACCUUAAUCGCACACAAGAAAAAGUUAAUAAAUCUGUAUUGGAUAAUAUGUCUUCAAACGUACAGCUAUCACUUUCUGAUAUAGAUUAUGUCAAUUUAAAAGGAAAACCUCAAAAUAAGAUGAACAUAAACGAUUUAGAUAGUGAUGUAAGCUAAUUAAUUUCUAAGAGAGACAUGAAUGAAGAAUUUGAUAGUAUGAGUUCUGGAAUUUCCAAUAUUAGUAAACAAAAAAAAUAAAAGAACAAUGACAACAUAUUUUAAAAGAAAAAUGAUUAUCAACAACCUUAGCUUAGUCUUAAAAAUGUAUCUCAACCAAAAAUAUAAAGCACUAAAAAUAUGUCUAAAGAUUCUAAAAGCAACAAUAAUUUACCUAAAGAAUCUCUUUAAAAUAUUUAGAGUAACAAAAAUCUGCAAAUCUAAUUCUCAAAGAUGAACAGUGAUAUUGGAUCAAUUAUUGGAAAAUCUAAUUAAGAUGAUAAACUUAGUAUUAUCAGUUCUGAUAUCAGUGGAAUAAGUAAAUAAGCAAAUCUUAAAGAGCAAAUAAAUUUCAGAAUUAGAAAAGAUAGUUAAUAGAGUGUCAAUUCAAGUAUAAGUGGCAUAUUAAAAAAUAAUAACUCACAAAUAGAUAAUAAUGGAAAAGAGCAAGAUUUUGAUGAUAUAAGCUCUAACAUAGAUGAUUUAGAUAAAAUGUGA